CGCCGGCGCCGCCGCCGCCGGGGAGGGGGGCGCGAGUCCGGCCUCAGACAAGCCUUCGCGGCUCGAAGAGAAGUAGAGGUGUAGACCGUAGCUCCGCGGUAAACUUUAUUCCCAUAUGAAAGGAGCGUGAAGAUAAACGCAGAAUGCCAUGGCGGUGGACCAGUAAGCGGUAAACGGCAGUUUAAUUUGGAUGGUCAUCAUCUCCUGAGCCCUGCAAGUGUCACUGCGAUGGAGAAGCCCUCCGUUCAGACGCAGCCAUCCACACUGCCCUUCUUCGACACCUCGCACGCCUUCAACCUGCUGCGGGGCAUCCACGAGCUGCGUGCUGAGCGCAAGUUCUUCGAUGUUACCCUGUGUGCUGAGGGCCGUGAGUUCCCCUGCCACCGCACGGUUCUGGCAGCAGCCAGCACCUACUUCCGCGCCAUGUUUGCCGGCACGCUGCGCGAGAGCGCCAUGGAUCGCGUGGUGCUCCAUGAGGUGUCUGGCGAGCUCCUGGGCCUACUGGUGGACUUCUGCUACACGGGCCGUGUGACGGUCACGCAGGACAACGUGGACCUGCUCCUCAAAGCUGCCGACCUCUUCCAGUUCCCCUCUGUCAAGGAAGCCUGUUGCGCCUUCCUGGAGCAGCGCCUGGAUGUCUCCAACUGCCUGGAGAUCCAGGACUUUGCGGAGGCCUAUGCAUGCCGGGACCUGGCAGCGAGCGCCCGUGGCUUUGUGCUGAGGAAUAUCGUGGAGCUGGCGAAGGGCAAGGACUUUGAGAAGCUGCCCUGGAAGCGGCUGUUGGAGUUCGUCUCAGACGACGGGCUGUGCGUUGACAAGGAGGAGACAGUCUACCAGCUUGCCGUGCGCUGGGUCAAAGCCGACCUUCAGAGGCGCCUCCACUACUGGCCUGAGCUCCUACAGCAGGUCCGGCUGCCCUUUGUGCGGCGCUUCUUCCUCCUGGCCCAUGUUGAGAGCGACCCAUUGGUUUACCUCUCGCCCCAGUGCCUGCGGCUGGUCAACGAGGCCCGCGCCCUCCAGUCCAGCGAGUACGACCGGCAUGACCAGCUGUGCCACCGGAUGCGGCCGCGGCCCUCCACCGGCCUGGCAGAGAUCUUGGUGGUGGUCGGGGGCUGCGACCAGGACUGCGACGAGCUGGUCACGGUGGACUGCUACAACCCCCAGACAGGCCAGUGGCGCUACUUGGCCGAGUUCCCAGAUCAUCUUGGGGGUGGAUACAGUAUUGCUGCUCUCGGAAACGACAUGUACGUCACAGGGGGCUCCGAUGGAUCUCGGCUCUAUGACUGCGUGUGGCGCUACAACUCAAGCGUGAAUGAGUGGACAGAGGUGUCGCCCAUGCUGAAAGCACGGGAGUACCACAGCUCGUGCGUGCUCAGCGGCCAGCUGUACGUGGUGGCAUCAGACAGCACGGAACGCUACGACCACUCCCUUGACUGCUGGGAGCCCCUGCCGUCGAUGCUGCAUGCUAUGGACAACUGCUCCACCACCGCCUGCAGGGGGCGCCUGUAUGCCAUUGGCUCCCUGGCCGGAGAGGACACCAUGGCCAUCCAGAGCUAUGACCCCAAUGCCAACCGAUGGGCCCUGGUGAACUGUGGCCAGCUGCCACCAUGGUCCUUCGCUCCCAAGACGGUCACCCUCAACGGCCUCAUCUACUUCAUCAGGGAUGACUCUGCUGAGGUGGAUGUCUACAGCCCAUUGAAGAAUGAGUGGGACAAGGUCAGCCCAAUGACCCAGGUCCAUGUAGGAGGCAGCGUUGCAGCGCUGGGCGGCCGUCUCUUUGUGUCUGGUGGGUACGACAAUACCUACGAGCUGUCGGAUGUGGUGGAGGCCUACGAUCCAGCCACGUGCUCCUGGUCCCACGUGGGGCGCCUCCCCCAGCCCACCUUCUGGCACGGCAGCGUCAGCAUCUUCCGCCAGUUCAUGCCGCUGGUCCCCUGCGCCUUCGAGCCCAUAGACGCUCCAGAGAACGCCAUCCAUAUCCAACGGCACCACCGCCACGUGGACCUGCAUGACCACCACGAACACAACCGAAAUGUCCAUCCAGCCCACUGAGUGUGGGCUGCCCUGUGGCGCUUAUCCCCCACCCAUCGCUAUCCCCAUCAGUCGUGUUUACUGUGAUGACGUUAGAUGGCGUGUUCUGCACUUUAUGGCCUAUCCGACGAAACUGGACACCACCUGGAACUGCAAAUGGCUGACGUUCAGUGUCUGCUUCGGUGUCUUGGCUAAAUUACCCUUGCUUCUGUGGAAUUUGCAGCGAGGAACCCUCAAUUCAGAUAUCAGCAGUCAGCAACCAAAAAAAAAAAAAAACGGAAUGAGAAGCUGUAAUGAAGGAAAAAAAAACAAA